AUGGAGUGGAUGAAUUUACCAGUCGAGCAGAAAUGUGAGCACAAGAUCUGGAAGGCCAGAUUAUGUGGUUAUGAGGAGGCCCUCAAACUGUUUCAGAAAAUUGAUGAUGAAAAGAGCCCAGAAUGGGGGAAAUUAAUUGGGUUCAUAAAGAAGUUUGUGACGGAGUCCAACGCAGUUGCCCAACUGAAGGGACUGGAAGCUGCACUGGCUUUUGUAAAAAAUGCACAUGUAGCCAACAGGACAGUGGGAGAAGUGGUGAGUGGCGUAGUGUGUAAAGUAUUUAAUCAACCCAAGGCUCGGGCCAAGGAGCUGGGGAUUGAUAUUUGCCUCAUGUACAUCGAGAUAGAGAAGGCAGAUGUUGUACAGGAAGAACUUAUCAAGGGCCUGGACAACAAAAACCCCAAGAUCAUCCUGGCCUGUGUGGAAACCCUACGAAUAGCACUCAGUGAAUUUGGAGCCAAGACUGUGUCUGUGAAGCCCAUAAUCAAAGUGUUGCCAAAGCUGUUUGAGUCCAGAGAGAAGGCGGUGAGGGAUGAAGCCAAGGUGUUGGCUGUAGAGGUCUACAGAUGGAUCCGAGAUGCAUUGAGGCCUUCACUCCAAAAUAUAAAUGCUUUACAGCUUAAGGAACUGGAGGAGGACUGGCGUCAGUUGCCACCAGGAGCUCCCAAACAGAGCCGCUUCCUUAGAUCCCAGCAGGACCUGCGGGCCAAAUAUGAGCAGCAGGAAGAACUGGCCGAAUCAGAGGCUAACCAAGCCAAUGAAAUUGAGGACGCAGCUCAGCAGUUGGAUCCCUAUGAACUCCUUGAGCCAGUGGAGAUUCUCUCAAAACUGCCCAAAGACUUCUAUGAGAAAAUUGAAGCAAAGAAAUGGCAGGAGAGAAAAGAGGCACUAGAUGUGCUGGAGGUGCUUGCUAAAAAUCCAAAACUAGAAUCAGGAGACUAUGGGGAUUUGGUGCGAGCACUGAAAAAGGUCAUCGGUAAAGACACCAACGUCAAUUUGGUCUCUUUAGCAGCAAAAUGCUUAGCAGGAUUGGCAUCAGGUCUGAGAAAGAAGUUUGGAUCAUGUGCUGGCCUUGUGGUGCCAACUAUUUUGGAGAAGUUUAAGGAGAAGAAGUCUCAGGUGGUGCAGGCUUUGCAGGAGGCCAUUGAUGCGGUGUUCCUGACUACCACUCUCCAGAACCUGAGUGAAGAUGUUCUUGCUGUGAUGGACAACAAAAACCCUUCGAUAAAGCAGCAGGCUUCCCUGUUCUUGGCACGAAGCAUUCGCCUCUCCAGCCCUGCUACCCUGCCAAAGACCCUGAUCAAACCCAUCUGCUCUGCCAUGCUGAAGCUAGUAAAUGAUUCUGUUCCAGAGGUCCGUGACGCUGCUGUUGAAGCUCUGGCAACCAUAAUGAAGGUUGUUGGAGAGCGGGCUGUUAACCCCUUCUUGGUUGAUCUGGAUAAAGCAAAGCUGGAUAAGAUAAAAGAGAGCACUGACAAGAUGGAGGUUGCAGAAGGGAAGAGAGGAGGGGAAGAUAAGGUGAAGACUGCCCCAAUAGCACAGCCAGGGCCUAAGCCUCUAGAGAAACCUUCAAGGCCCCCAGAAAAGGCCCCUCUGGCUAAGUCUGGAGGUGUAGAAAAAACCAAGCCCAAACCCACCAGCGACCGGCAGUCACAUAGGGGACAAUGUAGAAAAACAACAGAGACCAAAGAAGUGUCGGAAACUGAGCUGUCUAUGGAAGUGUGUGAGGAGAGAGCUGCUGCUGUUCUCCCUGCCCUUUGUGUCCAGCACCUGGACAGCACCAACUGGAAGGAGAGGCUGGCUAGCAUGAAUGAUUUUCUAAAGGCUGUGGAGCAGAUUGACAGUCAUCAGAUGCCCUGUCAGGCUCUGGUCCGCAUGCUGGCCAAGAAACCAGGCUGGAAGGAGACUAACUUUCAGGUGAUGCAGUUGAAGCUCCAGGUAGUGGCAGUGAUUGCUCAAAGGGGUAAUUUUUCCAAGACAUCUGCCUCUGUGUUGCUGGAUGCUCUGGUGGACAAGGCUGGGGAUGCCAAGUGUGGACAGAAGGCCAAGGAAGCCCUGACUGCCAUCGGGGAGGCCUGCUCUUUACCCUGGACCGCUGAGCAGGUUAUUUCAAUGGCCUUUGCUCAGAAAAACCCGAAGAAUCAAGCUGAAACACUGAACUGGCUAAUCGACGCCAUAAAGGAGUUUGGUUUUGCAGGGAUGAAUGUAAAAGCUUUCAUGAGCCAUGUCAAGAUUGCUCUAGGAGCCACCAAUCCUGCUGUGAGAACUGCAGCCAUAUGCCUGCUUGGUGUAAUGUACCUGUACAUGGGAGCGCCACUGCGGAUGUUCUUUGAGGAUGAAAAAGCUGCCUUGCUCUCUCAGAUUGACGCAGAGUUUCAGAAGAUGCAGGGCCAGACCCCCCCUGCUCCCACCAGGGGCUCCAAGAAAAAGACAGAGGACCAGGAGAAAGGAGAUGAGCUUAAGGAGCAGGAGGAAGAAGGAAACGCUGAUGUCAUGGAUCUGCUUCCCCGCACUGAUAUCAGUGGCAAGCUCACAGGGGAAAUGGCGGCCAAGAUCGGGGACAAAAAUUGGAAGAUUCGGAAGGAAGGUCUGGAAGAGUUGGCAGCGGUCAUCUCUCAAGCCAAGUUCAUCAAGACCACAGUGGGAGAUCUGCCUACCACACUCAAAGCUCGCCUCGGUGACUCAAACAAGAUCCUGGUCCAGCAGACCCUGUCAAUCCUCCAGCAGCUGGCAACGUCCAUGGGUCCUGGCCUCAGGCAGCAUAUCAAGAGUCUGGGCAUACCCAUCAUUACAGUCCUUGGAGACAGCAAGAGCAUGGUCCGUACCACGGCUCUGGCCACCCUGACUGCCUGGGUAGAGCAGACAGGCAUGAAGGAGUGGUUGGAGGGGGAUGAGUUUUCUGAGGAGCUGAAGAGAGCGAACCCCUUCCUCAGACAAGAGUUGCUUGGUUGGCUGGCAGAGCGGUUGGCCACUGUUCGCUCAGUGCCCUCUGACUUGCAGCUCUGUGUGGCUCCACUGUAUGCCUGCCUGGAAGACCGCAAUAUAGAUGUGAGGAAGAAAGCCCAGGACGCCCUUCCCAUCUUUAUAACACACCUGGGCUUUGAUAAGAUGAACAAAGCUGCAGCAAAGCUUGCGCCUGCAUCUAAGGACCAAGUGGUGGCUUUGCUGGAAAAAGCCAGAUCCUCUGUGCCAGCUAAACAGGCCGCUCCUGCCAAAGCUGCCCUCGCCAAAGCGCCUGCCACUGGCUCUGCUGCCAAACCUACUACAGCAGCAAAUGAGGCAGAUCCAGUCGUCUUGGAUUCAGAGGUCAGCGAGGAGAAAUCUCACUCCAAGAAUGCCAAGACAGGGUCUGCACCAGCAGGAAAAAGUGCACUACCUGGAAAGAAGCCUUCUGGAAAGGCUAACGAUGAGGUCAAGUCUGGCCCCCUCUUCAUUCUUGUCCCCAAUAAGAAAGAACUUCGUGUCAAAGAGGAGAAAAGCUUGAAGGUGCUGAAGUGGAACUUCACCUCUCCCCGUGACGAAUAUGUGGAGCAGCUCCAGACUCAGAUGGCCCCCUGUGUCGCCAAGUGGCUGCAGGAGGAGCUCUUCCAUCAUGACUUCCAGCACCACAUCAAAGCCAUCAAUGCCAUGAUGGAGAAUCUGGAAGCAGAGAGGGAUGCUGUGGUGGCCUGCCUGGACCUGGUCCUCAAGUGGUUUACGUUGCGGUUUUUUGACAAAAACACCACUGUGCUGAUGAAGGCCCUGGACUUCCUUAAGAUUCUCUUCCUUUCCCUCAGCAAACAAGACUACUGCCUCAGUGAUAUGGAGGCCAAUGCCUUCAUUCCCUACCUCAUCCUCAAGAUGGGAGAGUCAAAGGAUGUGGUGAGAAAGGAUGUGCGUGCCAUCAUGGGCAUGCUGUGUAAGGUCUACCCUGCCAGCAAAAUCUUUCCAUUCAUCAUGGAGGGACUCAAGUCUAAGAACUCUAAGCAGAGAGCCGUGUGUUUGGAGGAGCUUGGCUGUCUGAUUGCACUGUGUGGCAUGUCCGUGUGCCAGCCGACACCUGCCAAAGCACUCAAGGAGAUCGCUGUGCACAUCGGUGACAGAGAUACAUCUGUGCGCAAUGCUGCUCUAAACACUAUAGUGGCAGUGUAUAACGUGUGUGGAGACCAAGUCUACAAACUCAUUGGCAAUCUGUCAGAGAAGGAUAUGAGUAUGCUGGAGGAGAGGAUUAAGCGUUUAGCAAAGGAGGUGGCCGCCCCUUCUAAAUGUGUUGAGGAGAAAAUAACCAGAGCUCCUGCUUCACAAACCAAUGCGAGCUCGCAGCAGAAACAGCCCAUUGAUGAACAAGCACACACCAUGCUCCCUCAGCUGGCCCAAGGAGCCCAGCAUAUAGAAGAACCAACUACUGGCACUCCAGAUUUUUGUCUGGAUCUGGAUUUCUUAAAGAAGGAUCCCUUGUCCAUCUGCAAGCUUCCUGACCUGGUGGAGCACAACCUGGAUGACUUGGAGCCUUUGGAUAUCCCUGCACCACGACAAUGUUCAGUUCCUGCCUUCUUUGAGGCAUGUCCCGCUUCCACCAUCAACCUGGUGAUAUCCAAGAUCGCCUCUGGGGACCUUAAUGACAGCUUACAGGCCCUCAUUCAGAUGGAUGAGGUAUUCAGGCAGCAUGGCAAGUAUGCUGUGAUGGUGAAUGUCGACCAGUUCCUCACCGCCCUCCUGCUCCAGCUGCGGCUGAUCCACAGCAGACACAUGGCCAACCCACACGUACUCACAGAUGUUUCCAAGCUGUACAGCUGUAUCCUCGGCAGCAUUAUGACUAUGCUAGGACUUGAGACGCUGGCCCGUGAGGCCUCAGUGGAUGUGCUGAAGGACGUGGUUGAGGGCCUGCUUACCAUAAUGUUAGACUCCAGGGUGGAGGAGCUGAAUGGUGGAAAGCGAAUCAUCUCCACUGUCAAUAUCCUUCUGGGGAGACUCUUCGAGAGGGCAGAUGAAACCAAUAUACUCAGUUCUCUACUGAUGCUGCUGCAGGAGGUCCUUUCAUCCUCAGCAUCUUCCAAGUUCUGUGAUCUUGUCUUGAAGUGUCUUUGGAGGAUAAUAAAAUUCCUCCCUGACAACAUUGCAUCGGUGAACCUGGACAGGAUCCUGCUCGACAUCCACAACUUCAUGAAGGUUUUCCCCAAAGAGAGGCUCAACCAGCUGCCAAAUGACCUGGUGCACCGCACCCUCAAGACUCUGCUGCUUACGCUGUGUCGACUCACUGGACCAACGAUCCUCGACCACCUGAUUAUGGUAGAGAACAGGAAGGAGUCUGAACUGGAGUCUCAUCUUAAAAGAGUGGUGAAGUCAAUGGUGUCUAAAAUCAGCAGAGACCAAAAGAAUCUGGUGCUUAAAACUAAUGCAAGAGCAGAGCUGUUGGAAAUCUUCAAGAAGAUCUCACUCAAAGAAAAUGAGAAAGAGGGUCUAGUGGACCUGUGGGAGUACAAACAGAAACAUCCUGAGGUAGACCUCAGUCCUCACUUAAGGAAGAUGUCUCAAACCACCCAGUCCUUAAUAUUCCGCAGUCUCAUUGAAAUCAGUGCAGAGAGAGGGAACCGGGCCAAGACACAGCCCCUCACUGCAGGGUUGUCUGCUACCUCACCCUCCAGCUCAGAGGAGUUCAGACCUUUUGUCUACAUGGAGAGACUCAAGGCACUCCGUCAGCUCAGUGGUCUGGAUAAAAACACACCUGCCAGCACAGGUUUGCUUGGUUCAAGUACGAUCCAUGAGAAGCGGCAUUUGGAACCAUUGGCGUACCAGGGGAAACUCAAGAGGCUCUCACCAAUCCGUGCCCUGGAAAACACAAUGAAGCAUGAAGGGACAACAGAACAGCCCACUCGGUCCCCGCUGCUGUUAAUGCCAUGCAACCCUCCCUCCUCCACUGAUGUAGUCCACAAUAAACCUUCCCAUCUGCUCAAUAACCAGCAAGAACCAUCCCGACUGGUUGACCCCAGCCCUGCCUCGAUCACAACUCUGGAUGACUUGAGGAAAAGACUUGAGAAGAUCAAGAGCAGUUGCUAAAAAAGGCUGAGCAUUUAAUGCUGCCUAUUCCUGCAAAAAAAAAAAACUUGCUCAUGCUUUAUUUUAGCCAAUUUGCACAAUUUAUAUUUUACUCUAUCCAUUUUCUCCAUGGUUUUUGCCCAGUUGUUAUUUCCUUUUAUCCAGUGUUUUAACU